AUCUUCCGAACAACAUCAAGCAACAAAAUCCGCCCGAUUGGUUAUAUCCAUCCAAAAUAACUAUCCGGAUCCUGCCGCUCUCGUUCAAUUUGUUAUUUUCCUUGAAUUUCACUGACUGUGUUGAUGAGAGGGGUGAUGGAGAAUAAUUAGUUUCUGUUUCUGCUUUGAGCUGGAAGAACCUUCUAGACCUGUCUAGAAGGGAUCGGAUCUGCUUCCGGCGUUGAACUCGUCGGAUGAGAGAGGGCCUUUUAUGGUUGGGAAAUCGGCUGGGAGGACGAUGAAAUGGGCGACAUUGCUCAAGGACUUUAAGGAAAAGGUCGGCCUCUCUCAGCCUCCUUCUACUGUCUCCUCCCCUACUCAUGCUGCCGCUUCGCCUUUCCCCGAUCGCUAUCCCAUUUCUGCCAGCAGCCAUCUCGACUUUGCUUCUUCUCCUUCGAGAGACAAACAUGAAUUGGAAUUGGACUUCAAGAGAUAUUGGGAAGAGUUCCGCUCAUCAAGUUUGGAAAAGGAGAAAGAAAAGGCCCUGAAUAUGACCAUUGAUGUUUUUUGUAGACUAGUAAGGCAACACACAAAUGUAGCUCAGUUAAUUACCAUGUUAGUUGAGACACACAUUUUUUCUUUUGUUGUUGGAAGAGCAUUUGUAACGGAUAUUGAGAAGUUGAAACUUAGCAGCAAAACAAGAUCUUUGGAAGUAAAGAGUGUCUUGGAAUUUUUCUCUGAAAUCACUAAGGAUGGGAUCAGCCCUGGUGCAAAUUUAUUAUAUGCAGUGGAAGUCCUUGUUUCUGGGCCUAUUGAUAAACAAUCUCUUCUUGAUUCCGGGAUCUUGUGCUGCCUCAUUCAUACUCUCAAUUCUCUUCUUGGCCCUGACGAGAGUUGCCAAAAACAAUCCAUGGGCCAUAGUACAGAGGAAGAUCUAGCAGAGAACUACCCAGAGGAUGAUGUUGCAUCACGUCGUUGGCUUGAGGUAGAGGGCAGUGUUGUACAUAUAAUGAAGGCAGUGUCUAGCCAUCCUUCAGCUGCACAAAGUUUGAUAGAGGACAACUCUCUUCAGUCACUCUUUCAAAUGGUUGCUAUGGGCUCUUUAAUUGCCUUUUCUCAAUAUAAGGAAGGCCUUGUGCGAUUGCACACCAUUCAGCUCCACAGACAUGCGAUGCAGAUACUUGGUCUUCUCUUGGCCAAUGACAAUGGCAGCACUGCCAAGUACAUUCGCAAGCAUCAUCUGGUAUGUCCUGCUUGAUGCAUCCUACUUCGUCUCGGGUCAUUUAACUAAUCUUCAUU